UCCUCCGAUGAAUCAUUACAGUCAAGUCUGGAAAAACAACAUGAAAUAAGUAUUUGGACGUUGCAGUAAUAUAUUGAACAGUGUGUCGAAAAAGUGAUUGGGAUAAACUGUUUCUUUCAGCAGCACAACAACAGCAGCUGUGAUAACUGGUGAUUUGAACAUUUGGUUUAAGAUGUUUUACUAAAAUCACGUAAUAAAUGAAUACUAGCUUUUAUUACCGUAUUAAAAGGGAUAAUCCAACUCCAUAUCUGAUAGUGAAGCUGGAUCUUCACACUGACCUACUAUAACAGCAGAUCAGUACAUGAUGUAUUCUUGAGUGGGUUACAGGUAUUUUGAAUUUUUAAAAUACUUUUCAAUAUCAAAAUUCCUCUCCUCACUCUUUUUGCAACACCAAAUACUUUGACAUCUUACUGUGGCUACAUAAACCUGGUGCCAUUAUAAACACACUCAUUUGAAUUUCAACCAAAAAUUUCAACAAAAAACUGAAUAGAAAUGAAUGAAUGAACGAACAUGAAUGUAUGUUUCAUAGCACUAGGGUUAUCAGUCACUACAUCAUUCACAGUACGUUGCGUGUGGGAUCCUCUGAUGAUCUGGCAACACUAAUAUUGCAUGUGGCCUCCAUGUGCGUCACAACAAGCAACACAGCGUCAUCUCAUGGACAAUACCAGACGGGCAAUUCUUCGUGGCCUAUCAGUGACAGAUCGAUUGAUGUCCUCUCAAUCACACAGGCGGAUUAUAGUGCCGUUAGGACACCCCAUCCCACACACGACUUCUCGGCUGAGGCCCACCUGUGAAAGGUCCUUAUCAUGCUCUCUUUGUUGGAUUGAAGGUCGCAGCACACCAGGCAAAGGCGAGGUUGACUCUCGGAUCAAGACCAGUCCCCGGUUCCCCAGUUAUCGUAUAAUCCGUAGUACUGCGGCCUUUAUUACCGUGAUAAAUAUUCUGGGCAUCAAACUACUACACAAGGUGUCUGUGUUUAGUUUUGUUAUGGUGUUUUAAAUUGCCACUUUUGACAACCGCAACAGACUCAGAGCAAAUGAAACUUGUUGCAGGAAGAAUAAACGCAUACUUUUCCGUCCACUCUGCCCGGAACCCUCGGUUUUCAAUAUCAACUUGCCUGAUUUUUUGUAACCCCAUAUUUUGCCCUACAUCUGCGUGUCUCUAACUGCGUGCUUCUCUAUAACAAAGCAACCAACGCAAUAUAUGAUAGCCAUACACAGGACUGUGCUGGCGUCAUUAUGCCUGAUUAGAAGUCUCUUAAAUGUCAAACUAGAUGUUCUUGUUUUUUUAAGUGGAGUCCGCCGGUUUGUUGGCACCAGCUCUAGAUUAAUUCAUCGUAUUUCAAAAUGAGAAUAUUUCCCAAGAUCUAUUAAAAAAUGUGUUUACAAUACAGAAAUGUCCAGAUUCUAAAAAGUAUGUUAAUGUAUGCCCUCAAUACUUGGUCAGGCAUGACCAAGGCAUACGUGCCAGGCACACGUGGCAUGGAGGCUUGAUUGAAGCCCAGGUUGCUUUGAUAGUUCCUGGAAUCUUGUCUGUAUGGUUGGGUCGGUGUUUCCCAUCUUCCUCUUAGUUCAGGUCAGGUAAAAGUGACUGGCCAAUCAUGCCCAGUAAUAUCAUGGUCAGAAGACCAGUCAGUGGUAGUCCGUGCUGGUGGCUCUUGGUGCACUGACUCCAGACUCAGUCCACUCCUUGUGAAGCUUUCCCACCUUCUUGAAUCGGCUUUGGUCGACAAUCUUCUCAAGGCUGCGGCAUCCCAGUUGCUCAUGCACCUUUUCCUACAACGCUCUUCCCUUCCAGUCAAAUGAUAUGCUUCUAUACAGCGAACAGCCGGCCCUUUCAGCAAUGACUUUCUGCGGCUUAUCAGCGGACUGGGGGAAAUCGGGAUCUGGUGGUUGAUGUUCAUCUUCCCCGUCUUCCCCGUGAUUGUGGUUGCAUGCACUGAACUAGACCGAGAGAGUUCAUACUGUAUUAAAAAGAUAUUUACUCAAGCUCAGAAUGAAAUAGAAUAUUUUAAGAUUACAAUUUGUUUUGGCUUAAUUAUCAAAAUGAGAAUUUAAAAAAAAAAUCUUGAAACAUUUUAGUUUACGAGUGAUGAGACUGGGAUAUAUUAUAUUUGGACUUUCUAAGGUCUAAAGAAAUAUUGAAAUGUUAUGCUCUGCACCUGUACACUGCCAGAAGAGUCGUCACAGGCAAUUUAGGUUUAAGUGUCGUGCCCAAGGACACAUCAGCGGACUGGGGGAAGUGGGGAUCAAACCGCUGACCUCUGAGUCAGUGGAUGACCAUCUCUACCUGGAUUAGAUUAGAUUCGAUUAACCUUUUUGAAAUGAAGAAGGAGGAUAUGUUAUAGUGUCAGGGUGUUUGUCUUUAGCCACGAGGACUCAACUCAACUCGACUUUAUUGAUAUUGUCCCCGAGGGGCAAUUUGCGCUGCAGUAAGAUAUACACGCAAGACAAUUAGACUGUCCCAAGUCCCAACAAAUAUCUGUAAAAUCGAAUGGGUCUCAACCAAUUGAAAUACCAAAGCAAUGCACCAUGUUUGCAACACUGAUUUGUCUGUACCGAUGUCAAUCAAUGUCGUUGCCAACGCUGUUGCUGUUUUAACCAAUAGAAAAAUAUCAAUAAGUCAACGUGAGUCAAAGUCCAACACUGAUUCGUCUGUAUACGUGUCAAUAAAUCUCAGUGCUGUUGGUAGACUAGCCCAGCCUGACCGGACCUGCUGUGCAACGUCGGGCACUCUGGCCGUCACGCUGAAAAGAAAGUCAGAGCUUUCCAAAGAGCUCCAGGGUGUUUACAGUUUCCUUUGAAAUGUACCAGGCACUGACUAUGCUGCGUUUCGCUCACACUGCAAAUGUCCAUUUUCAGUCGCCCGAGGUGGAAAUACAAACUUAGAAAAUCAUAUUAAAAACGAGCAAAUGUAAGCGGUGGGUACAGAGUUUGAGUAACUCUGUACAGUGGCAAAUUUCGUCAGGAUGGGUCUUUCCUGAAACCUCCUUCAGAUGUUCCACCACUUGGAGAGAGCGAAAAAAAACCCAAUUCCCAAAACACGUUCUUCACCAUGAAUGAGAUUUUAAUUGUUCCAAAUAAAUAAAUAGGAAGCAAGAUGUGUUGUCUUAAAGUCUAUUAAUCUACUGAGAGUGAGACUGGGGCGAGACCGAAGUAAAUUACAGUAUCCGCUGUGCAUUGCUCUCUCUCCCUCUUACGCCAUGUUCACCUUUUUAAUGGUUACCGCUCACCUGGGCGUACGCCUACAAUCACAAAUUAAUAUAUCAAUAAAUUAUAUUUAACUUAAAUGCGGCUCUUACACGCCCCUAAUUGCUCUUUUUUAGAAUCAAGUACUUGAAUUAAAUACAACAAGGGAGCCGAUAAUACAUAAAAAAAUUAAUGUUAAAAACAAAACAAAAAAACCCGGAAAAUGUUAUUUUCAGAUUGAAAUCCCAAUAGUUUAAAGCAUGUCUGUUCUGGUUAACAUGUUUAUAUUUUUGUAUUAACAUUAUAGGCCACUAAAGGUUGUGUAUCUUAAAAAGGCUGAAUAGCCCAAAAUAUUUUAUUUUUAGUUUUUUUAUUCAUUUUAUUUACGGGCCACAAAGGGACACCUCAUUCAUUUCUUAAAGCUGAAGAAGACACUUUUUUGUAUUUAAAUUUUUUUUCUUCUUCGAGUUAUAUAUAUACAUAGACCACAAAAUAUUUCUAGGACCUACCUUGUUUUGUUGGGGGAACAAAGCUGACAAAGAAUGUGUCACAGAAUGUGUCUGACAAUAAACAAAUUAAUAUGUUCUAUUACCACAAUACAAUCCUUGUGUUUUGUGUUGUUAUAAAAUUGAAUUUUUCAAAUAAAGUUUUGGUUGAUCGUGGGAGAAACAAUUUUUCAUUUGCUGUGGCACUAUCCAUGGUGCUGAUGAAAUAUUCAAUUAAAUAAACUCUCUGUGGGUUUGCCAUAAAAUUAAAGUGUCCCAAUAUAAUCACUGCACGUUAGUGUCAUGUAACCAACCCUGUAGUUUCUUUGUUCCCCAUCAUCUGGUUUGUAGUACUUAUCUGACCUUUGACCCCACCUUUACAAAUCGGCCAUCUAGUCUGUCAGAGACAAUGACGCGCAGGUCAGCCAUUGCGUUUCGCGUUCGCUGCACGAUAAAAAGAAAGCGGAGGAGGCGCCGCACCGAGAGACGCCCGGAGCCGCCGCACCGUCUCCGUCCGAGCGAAUCCUCCGAAGAUGUCUCGGGUGUGCGCGCUGCUGUUGCUGCCUGCGCUGAGUAGCAUCAUCAGCACCUCCAGCGCUGCAUCCUCAGUGUCCCGGAGGUGUGAGGACAGCUUGGCCACUCCUCUUCCCUACAGCUCCUUCACCAGUUCAUCAGUGUAUGCACGAGGAUAUGGAGCCGGUUAUGCCAAACUCAAUCGGAAACAAGGUUCUGGAGGCUGGUCCCCCCUGGAUACAGACCACUACCAGUGGUUACAGGUGGACCUGGGUUCUAGGAAGCAGGUGGUUGCCAUAGGGACCCAGGGUCGUUAUAGUAGCUCCGACUGGACCAGCAAGUAUCGGCUGCUUUACAGUGACACUCCAAAAAACUGGAGGCCUUAUCUACAAGAUGGAAACAUCUGGACAUUUGAGGGGAACGGGAAUAGUGAGGGCGUGGUCCGCCAUGAGUUGCAGCACGCCAUCCUGGCGCGCUACAUUCGCUUCAUCCCACUGGACUGGAGCCAGGAGGGACGCAUCGGAGUACGUCUGGAGCUCUACGGCUGCUCAUACUGGGCAGAUGUGAUCAGUUUUGACGGCCAUGGGAUCAUCUCCUACCGCUUCAGGAGUAAGAAGAUGAAGAUUGUGAAGGAUGUCCUCUCCUUGAAGUUCCGGACCACGGCUAGAGACGGGGUCCUGCUCCACGGAGAAGGACAGCAGGGAGACUACAUUUCCCUGGAGCUGCGCAGGGCGAGACUACAGCUCAGCCUCAACUUAGGCAGCAACCAGUACGGUUCCAUUCAGGGUCACACCUCUGUGGUCAGCGGGAGCUUACUGGAUGAUGACCACUGGCACUCAGUUGUCGUCGAGCGCUACCGCAGGAAUGUCAACUUCACCCUUGACCACCACACUCAGCAGUUCAGGACCAAUGGAGAGUUUGACCAUCUGGACCUGGACUACGAGAUCAGCUUCGGCGGGCUGGCUGUGUCGGCGAAGCCGAGCUCGGGAGGCAGGGAGAACUUUGUGGGCUGCAUGGAGGGAAUCACCUACAACGGAGACAACAUCACCAACCUGGUCCGCAGGAAGAAGGUGGACACGUCCAGCUUCCGUAACCUGACAUUCUCCUGCGCCGAGUCCAGUUCCUUCCCUGUCUUCUUCAACUCCACCUCCUUCGUGCGGCUGCCGGGUCAGAGCGACAGCGACACCCUGUCAGUCAGUCUGUCUUUCAGGACGUGGAACCCCAACGGCCUGCUGAUGUUCACGGCGCUGGUCGACGGCUGGGUGGAGGUGGGACUGACGGAGGGCAAGGUCACCGUCUACAUGAAUGUGACGCAGAGGAAAAACACACGUAUUGACAUCUCCUCAGGCUCAGGUCUGAAUGAUGGCCAGUGGCACAGUGUCCACCUGAAUGCCCUGGAGAACUACGCGAUGCUGACAGUCGACGGAGAUGAAGCCUCCACAGUCAGAACAGCCAUCCCCAUCCAAAUCCAGACUGGAGGAACAUACUACUUUGGAGGCUACUUCAUGCACACUAACACCAGAUCACCUCAGCGCUCCUUCCAGGGCUGCAUGCAGAUGAUCCACAUAGACGACCAUCUAGCUGAUCUCCGGGCUGUGGAGCAGGGCCACAUUGGAACCUUUGAAAACGUCAGCCUGGACAUGUGCGCCAUUGUCGACAGGUGUGUUCCCAACCACUGUGAGCACGGCGGUCGCUGUUCCCAGACGUGGGACACAUUCAGCUGCAACUGCAGUGGCACUGGAUACACUGGAGCUACCUGCCAUACCUCCAUGUAUCAGCAGUCCUGUGAGGAGUAUAAACAUCUGGGGAAGAGCUCAGGGAGCUACUGGGUUGACCCAGACGGCAGUGGAUCUAUCGCCCCCUUCAGAGUCAGCUGUGACAUGACAGAGGAAAAGGUUUGGACCACAGUGAAGAACAACCUGUCUCCUCAGACUUCAGUCAGCAAUGCAGACCAGGAAGGGAAGGCAGUGCUGCAGAUCACUUACAACGUGACUGAUGAACAGGUGUUGUCCAUCACUGGAAAUGCAGAGUACUGUGAACAGUAUGUAGCCUAUGCCUGCCGAAUGUCCCGUCUGCUCAACUCUCCAGAUGGUGUCCCGUUCACCUGGUGGGUAGGACGGGCCAAUGAGAGGCAUUCCUACUGGGGGGGUUCAGGACCAGGGAUACAGAAGUGUUCCUGUGGUAUCGAACACAACUGCACUGACCCCAAACACUACUGCAACUGUGACGCUGACCUGCGCUCCUGGAAGGAGGACUCCGGCCUGCUGGUGUAUAAAGACCAUUUGCCAGUCAGUCAGGUUGUGGUUGGUGACACAAGCAGAGCUGGAUCUGAGGCCAAACUGACAAUAGGGCCACUCAAAUGCCAGGGCGACCGGAACUACUGGAAUGCGGCGUCCUUCACCAGCCCCGCCUCGUCUCUUCACUUCCCUUCGUUCAGAGGUGAAACCAGCACUGACAUCUCCUUCUACUUUAAGACGUCCUCCACUCAUGGUGUCUUUCUGGAGAACCUGGGAACCACUGACUUCCUGCACAUUGAGCUCAGAGGAGGCUCGGUGGUCUCCUUCUCUUUUGACGUGGGCAGUGAGCGGGUGGAGCUCAGUGUCCGCUCGCCGGUGCCUCUGAACGACGACCAGUGGCAUCGUGUGGAGGCUGAGAAGAACGUCAAGGAGGCGGCGCUGCAGCUCAAUGGACAGUACAGAGAGGUCAGACCCACCCCACCGCAGGGACACACGAAACUGGAGUUCUACAGGGAGCUGUAUAUUGGUGCCUCGAGUGGCCGGAGGGGUUUCUUGGGCUGCAUGCGGGCCCUGAAGGUAAACGGUGUGACCUUUGACCUGGAGGAGAGGGCAAAGGUGACCCCCGGGGUCAGUCCGGGCUGUCAGGGCCACUGCAACAGCUACGCGAUGCACUGCAGGAACGGCGGGAAGUGCGUGGAGCAGUACAACGGGUACUCCUGCGACUGUUCCCUCACUGCGUACGAUGGGCCCUUCUGCACCGACGAUGUGGGCGGCUACUUUGAGACUGGGACCUUGGUGCGUUACGACUUCCUGCCGGAGGCGGGACCCGUCGCGCCGCGAGAAGUGAAGAGUCUAUCGGGUGUUGGUGUUCCCAGCGAGGCCAACCUGACUCAGGAGGAGCUGGUGUUCAGCUUCAGCACCUCCAGCACUCCCAGUAUCCUGGUCUACAUCAGCUCUAGGACUCAAGACUACCUGGCCGUGGUGCUCAGGCACAAUGGCACUCUACAGAUCCGCUACAGUCUCGGGGGGCUAACAGAACCCCACACCAUUGACGUUGACCAUCGCAACCUGGCAAAUGGACAGCCACACUCUGUCAACGUAACAAGGAACUUAAGAGAGAUACGAAUACAGCUGGACCACUACCCAGUGUACACAUACACCCUGCCCGGGGCCUCGGACAUCCACUUCAACUUGGUCAAAAGCAUCUUUCUCGGAAAGGUCUUCGAAACAGGACAGAUUGACCCCAUCCUCAUCGAGCGCUACAACACGCCGGGCUUCGUGGGCUGUCUGUCGAGAGUUCAGUUCAACAGCGUGGCACCUUUGAAAGCCGCGCUGCGCUCUGGCCUGGCAGCGCCCGUCAGCACCCACGGGAUUCUGGUCCCGUCCAAUUGUGGAGCCUCUCCGCUGACCAUCUCCCCCAUGGCUUCAGCUAGUGACCCCUGGCACGUGGAAGCAGCUGGAGUGGUUUUCCCCUUCAAUGAGGACAAAUCCAGUGGAGAUGGAGUGGAUCGCAACUUUGCCAUAAUUGGAGGCAUCAUCUCCAUAGUGAUCUUCGCCGUCCUGUGCAUCAUGGUGUUUGUGAUCCGUCACAUGUUCCGUCACAAAGGCUCCUACCACACGAACGAGGCCAAGGGGGCGGAGUCAGCGGACUGUGCUGACGCGGCGAUCAUCGUCAACGACCCGGCAUUCACCGAAACCAUCGACGAGAGCAAGAAGGAGUGGUUCAUCUGAACCCCUCCCCCGACAACAUGGACACAUGACGUUAGGAUGUAUGUAGUUUUCUAAGCAUAGGGAGUAGUAGUGAGGUGACCACCUGUGGAACCUUGAGGGUGUGCCGAGCGGUUUAUUUAAAAAAAACUUUAUGGACAACGGACACCGAGGCAUUGCAGCGUGGGCGUGAAAGCACAGGGCGAAAGCGCUGCCUGGCAGAGCCCACUGAGCCUUCAUAUGGUGUAGAGGACAGUGCCAUACAGGCCAUGGAUGAGUGAAUGUGUGUCAUUAGUUGAGUUUUUUGAAAAUAUUAUUUAUUUUAAUUUCAUAACUUUUGUAAUUUAUUAAUUUAUUCAUAUUAAAGUCAUAUAUUUUUUUCAUUUAAGUUAUUACAUUAUGUAUAUGUUAAUAUCUGAAGGCCUCUGUGCAUUGUGCUGAAAUUUCAGAUUAAUGGUAAUAAUAAUUAUGAAUCCAUUAAUCCCAAUAACCCUCCACAGGUGUAGCAAUGACCAUUAACUUCAGUUUUUUUUAUAUUAAAAAUCAUGUUUAAUAAUUUGCCUUAUUUAUCUCAGUACGGUUUAAUUUAAGCCUUAAGACUGAAAACUUUGGUGUGUGUGUGUGUGUGUGUGUCUGUGUGUGUGUGCACUGACUGGCUUGCUUGCCUGUAAAGAAGCCAUUGCUUAGUCUUCAUCAUUUGGACUAAGACCCGGGGAGAAGGAAACGUCACACCUCUAUUUAUUUUUGCAUCUGCAUUUCUGACUUUGUCUCUUAAUGACUUUUGAUCAUCGAUUGUUGACAAAUUUAUCGAUGAAUCUUUUGUUUAUACUGCUUUUGCUGCCAAAUGAGUUCAGUGUUUAACUUUUGAGGAAAGAACCGAGUCCUGUCAGUCCACAAGAGGUCAACUCACCGGUUUGACUAUUACAAUUUGUAUUAUUAUUAAUAUUAUUAUUAUACAUUUUUCUUGGUGCAUUCAGUACAAAGACAGGGGGUGAAAAAGUUUAGCUUAGUACAAAGACUGACAGCAGGUUAACACUGCUCCAUCACAAGUGAUGCAAUGUCCAACGACUUCAAUGUAGUCUGAUUCACUCUGACAGUAGAUCAAGACAGGGCUAUCGUGAAGACACAAUAUAAAUCUAUCAGUACUUGCGCUUGUAAAUGAGAGCCGAGAACAGCAGAGAAUUGUGUAAACGCCCAUUGCACAUUGACCAUAAACAAUACAAACAAUUACUGGGUUUGGACAUAGUCAUAUUUCACCACAGUUUCACCGUGCUCCCAGGCCCCGUGCUUUGCUAUGGGCUAAAUACAUCCUGGACAUUUUAGUACUGGAUGGCAGAUGAUGAAAUGAGAUGAGAUGGUGAUGAUAUGAUGAUAUUUUUCACUCCUCUUUGUGGUUGAGCUUCAGGUUCCUGAUGGGCACAGCUACACUAACUCUGAAGAUGGACCGACAGGACUCUCUGAGUUCUGGAUACUUCUAAUGCCUGUCCUUUAAAAAACCUGAGCUAUGUUUUUGAUUUUCAUGAAAUGAGAUGAGGUUUCUGAAAAAGAAUGUUUGCUACCCACAUAUAAACCUAUGGCUUAAUUACGUCCUGACAUUUGAUUGUAUUGGAUCUGUAUUCUUUUUGACUGCACUGCUGUGUAAUGGCAUGCUGUUGACACGGAAUGACACGCAUUUCUGUCUGGCGAGCCACUCUUGCGUCACAUCGCUUUUUCUUCGUGUUAUAUGUAUGAAACUUUGCCUAACUGUUCUCCAUUUUUCUAGCUGAUUUAUCAUUCUUUGUGCUUUUCUCCUUGUCUUGGCAUUCCUCUCAAAAAGACCAGUAAAAUAUGAGUAGAAAAUGUUAA